CUUGAUCUAUUGAGGUGUGUCUGUGUGUGUGUGUGUGUGCGCUUCACAGACAGAGAGAGAGAGAGAGAGAGAGAGAGAGAGAGAGAGAGAGAGAGAGAGAGAGAGAGAGAGAGAGAGAGAGAGAGAGAGAGUGGUACCGAAGGAGGCAGUUGAAUUGUCAAAGUUAAUGGGUCGGUGUAAUUCAAAAAUGGGUGCUAAUUACUAAUUAGCGAGCAGCGACAGAGAGUAGUACGUGUGGUCCUCGGUGAUGUGAGAAGCUGGCAGGCGGAGUCGACAAAAUCGACGAGAGUUCGAGGAUCGGCCGAUGACGUGUUGCAUGAUGUUCUACUUGCACCUCUCCGAGGAGUCGAAAAUUGCCUGACCAGAGAGACAAAGGCAGAUAUCGGCGCAGUGUGUGACCAGGCAGAUUUGAGGACAGGGAAUCAGUCCACAACUGUGUGACAUUCCGUUUGCAGCACAGACAAUGCCGUUUCCCGAAAUUUCCUGAUCUGGACUGGAUAUGGUGGCGGGAGUCAGACAAGGUUGGCGAUCCCAGAGAGCGCCCCACUCAGCGCUCUAGGGAAGGGGACCACACAACUUGAUACCUCCUCGUGAGUAGUUGUGGAGUGAAUGUUAAAAGGGAGGGAGAUGGCGGAAGCUGGUUCGGAGUUGCAGUUGUCGCCCUUCUCGCUGCCGUCAUCCCUCGACAGCAGUCCCAUGAGUGGGCUGGACGAUUCCCUCGGGUCCAACGGCUCUGAUCACAUUAUGGAGUUGACUUAUCUGCAAAGCGACCUGCGUAAUGCGCGAAUUGGUCAGACGAUGCAGGCGAUGGAAAUCGGUCGGCUGAGGAAUGAGCUGGAGAUGACCCAGUCAGUGAGGGUGGAAGAUCGGUCUGAAAUCGGCCGGCUGCAAGCGGAGCUGGCACAGGCAAGAAAAGGUCGCUCGGAGAUGGACGCAGAAAUCUCGCGCCUCAGGAGAGAACUGGAUAGCGCUGGUGAGUCACAGACUGAACUGGGAGCAGAGAUAGCUUGCUUGAGAGGGGAGCUGCAAAGUGCAGGUGAAGCACAGGGCGAGCAAGCCAAAGAGCUGAUGCGCCUCCGGAGGGAGCUGGAGUUUGUCAAUGCUGCCAAGGCAGAGCAAGCUGCAGAACUUGCACGGCUGCGGGGGCUUCUCGAAAGAAUGAAUUCGUUAAAUUGUUUUGUUCUGAAUCACCAGUUUGUGCAGCUUGAGGAUUAUGCCAUCAAGGCGCUUCAAGUUGAGUUGAAGGCUGAGGCUCGUCGAGGGGUGAAUGGCCCUGACAUUGCGCUGAUGGAUGCACCAGAAGAGUACAUGGGAUGUCGACAUCAUGAUGCUUGCUCUGCAUCUGGUUAUUGUGGUCCUGGUGCUUGCUCUGCAUCUGGUUACGAUUGUGAUCUGAUGGUUGCUCUGCAUCUUGUUACGAUUGUGGUCAUGAUGCUUGCCCCGCAUCUGGUUACGAUUGUGGUCGUGAUGCUUGCUCCGCAUUUGGUUACGAUUGUGGCCGUGUGACCUCUGCAUCUGGUUCCGACUGAACUGUUGUCAUCCACGUAAUAUCAGCUGCCAGGAGGAAGUGGAGUCGAGGUGUCUUGCCGGUGGAUACGUGCAUGCCAGUGGAUAAAUGAACUUGCCGGGUGCGGACGGCAUUGGCGAUUCAGUCUUCAUGCUUGGCCAAUCAUUGCUCAUGAUAAGUCAGAAGACUCUGACGAUGAUUUCUCCAUGUCAGGAUGGCACGCCUCAUUCCGAGGAAGCUCUUUUAGGAGGUGAGUCUGUCUGAUCCGCCCUGUGUGUGCGAUUCUGCCUGUAAAGGAGUUAUUCAAUCAUGCCAGAAUACCUCCUUCGCAUUUAGUGACUGAGCUUAGCUAUCGGACUUCCCUAUUAACGUGAUGUCACCGUCACACUUGCUGUCUGUCGCCAAAGAGUCCUUCCUCCAAUCCAUAGAGUCAGUCUCUGUGAUGUUUUAUUUGCUGUUUCUGGGCCUGGCCGACCAUGUGUGCAUGAGUUGAUCGUAGUCUUUUGGUUGGUUACGAUCAGUCAGUGUCCGCGUCGUCUGUUCCACUUCCAGGCUGUCCGCAUGAUUGCUCUGUCAGAGAGGGGAGGCAAGCUUAGCAGCUCCUUUGAAGAAGCUGCAGUUCACCCGACACAUGACUGAAUUCCGUAUGUUUUAUUUGCUGUUUCUGGGCCUGGCCGACCACGUGCGCAUGAGUUGAUGUCAGUCUUUUGGUUGGUUACGAUCAGUCAGUGUCUGCGUCGUCUGUUCCACUUCCAGGCUGUCAGUAUGAUUGCUCUGUCGGAGAGGGGAGGCAAGCUUAGCAGCUCCUUUGAAGAAGAAGCUGCAGUUCACCCGACACAUGACUGAAUUCCUGAAUUCCGUCCCCCUUUACCACCAUCGAGUAGCUGCAAGCAGCUGAGGUUCCGCAGCUUGCAAGCCUAACCGCGGUUAAGAUUUUCGUUUGCUUGGCAGGGGUUCACACACACUCAAUGCUCCCUUUCAAAGCAUUCACUAUGGUGGAUGGAGUUUGCUAGUUCGAACUGUUAAUUAUAGUGAUACCUUUUUUUCACCGCAGUAAAUUAAAUCCUUAGUC